CUUUUUCCACGUAGUUUAUAUACUGGCAUGCACGCGCCCUGCAGUGGAUUUUGGUCCAAGGGAAUUGCAAGUUAAUUUGUAACCACUGAGACACUUCAGGACGCUACAGGAAAGUUUUAACACACAGCACAAUGGCUGGAUUCAAGUACAUGAGCGGUUUUGGGAACGAGUUCUCUUCUGAAGACCCUCGCUGUCCUGGAUCUUUACCUGAGGGACAGAACAAUCCUCAGGUCUGUCCCUACGGCCUCUAUGCUGAGCAGCUCUCUGGCUCUGCCUUCACCUGCCCGCGGCCAGCCAAUAAGAGAAGCUGGUUGUACCGCAUCUUGCCAUCUGUCAAACAUAAGCCUUUUACCGCAGUGCCCUGUGGAAACCUAACAGAGAACUGGAACGAGGUGGAACCUGACCCUAACCAGCUGCGAUGGUUGCCGUUCACCAUCCCCAAAUCUACAGAGAAGAAAGUGGACUUUGUGGCUGGUCUGCAUACUGUCUGCGGUGCCGGAGAUGCCAAAUCUCGCAACGGCAUUGGCAUCCAUGUGUAUGCCUGCAACACCUCCAUGGUUGACAGGUGCUUCAACAACUCAGAUGGAGACUUUCUGAUUGUCCCCCAGCAGGGUAAGAUCUUGAUCACCACGGAGUUUGGGAAGAUAAUGGUCGAGCCGAACGAGAUCUGUGUCCUCCAGCAAGGGAUGCGCUUCAGUGUGGAUGUGUUUGGAGAAACCAGAGGCUAUAUACUGGAGGUGUAUGGAGCCCAUUUUGAACUCCCUGACCUGGGACCCAUAGGAGCCAAUGGUCUGGCCAACCCAAGGGAUUUCCUGUGUCCAGUUGCUUGGUAUGAGGAUCGCACAGUGGCCACAGGUUACACCGUCAUCAACAAGUACCAAGGAAAGCUCUUCUCCUGCCAACAGGGUUUCUCUCCAUUCAAUGUGGUAGCUUGGCACGGGAACUACACACCUUACAAAUACAACCUGGAGAACUUCAUGGUUAUCAACGCUGUGGCCUUCGACCAUGCGGAUCCAUCUAUCUUUACUGUGCUGACUGCCAAAUCUACGCGACCAGGUGUGGCCAUUGCUGACUUUGUCAUCUUCCCCCCUCGGUGGGGUGUGGCUGACCGCACCUUCCGUCCACCAUACUAUCACCGGAACUGCAUGAGUGAAUUCAUGGGUCUGAUCAAAGGCCACUAUGAAGCCAAAGAGGAGGGCUUCCAGCCAGGAGGGGCAAGCCUCCACAGCGCCAUGACCCCACACGGCCCGGACGCUGAAUGCUUUGAGAAGAACAGCGCCGCUGAGCUCCAACCUGAGAGGGUGGCUGAGGGAACCAUGGCUUUCAUGUUUGAGUCAUCCUUCAGUAUGGCAGUGACCAAGUGGGGUCUACAAACAUGUCAGAAACUUGACAAGAGCUACUACCAGUGCUGGGAAUCUCUCCGCAGCCACUUCAAUCCCAACUGGAAGCCCAGCAAAAAGUAGAACAAAGUGAGAUGAAAUCUGAACCAAAUAUUGUUAUACAUGACAAAAAAAAAGGUUGUUGGAACUUGGAUUUCUUGUGUUGUUUGAUGACAUUACAGAAGGUACAACAUCAUUUAUUUUAUGCAACUAUGCAGGAAACUAUGAUUUGAGUUGCACUAUAAAGAUUCAUACAAAGAUUUGCUGUGUGUAAUGAAUUACGCUGCAUGAAUAGUUUCUGUACAUGUCAGUCAUGCUGAACAUGUAUGCCUUCUGUAUGGCUCUCCUGCUGUACUUUCACAGUUUGGAAAUGUAAUACACCAUUAAAUGGAAAUUUUAAUUUGCUGGAAAA